GAAGUCGUUGCGAAAAUUGCACAGUUUAUGCCUGAAGUCGAGGUCCAUUUUGCCGUGAGAGGGGUAAAACCCUCUGCCCCCAUCACCGAACAAAUAAUUAUUGGUACGCCCGGAAAGUUAGUGGACUAUCUUACCAAAUACCACUGCCUUGACCCGUCUCAUAUUUGUUGUCUUGUUCUCGACGAAGCAGACGUCAUGAUCAAUCAGGCUGGAUAUACGGAACAAAGCACGCAAAUCUACAAAACAAUCGAAAAGCACAUCGACUACGGUUCAAGACCUGUCUCUUCUCGGCGACUUACGGUGAAGAUGUUGUAA